UCACUGCAGAAGAAUGGAGCGAUGGAACGGAAAAGUGGCCGUAGUAACUGGUGCCAGCGCUGGAAUUGGUGCAGCAAUCGCACGAAAUCUUGUUAAACAAGGUAUGAUAGUGGCAGGCUUCGCGAGGAGAGUGGAAAAAAUUAAGGAAAUCGCUGAUUGUUUGAAAGAUUCCUCGGACAAACUCUAUGCCGUGAAAUGCGAUGUCACUAAAGAGGAAAGCAUAACCGUAGCUUUCGCGUGGGUGAAGGAUAAUCUUGGACCGAUAAGCGUUCUCGUUAACAGUGCUGGUAUCACCAAAGAAUCUUCGCUCAUAGAUGGUACUUUAGAGGACUGGCGAUCCGUGUUCGAUGUGAAUGUUCUGGGACUCUGUCUCUGCACACGCGAGGCUGUACGCAUGAUGCGCGAGACGGCGGAUGAAGAUGCCAUCGUGAUUCACGUGAAUAGUUUGGCUGCCAAGAGAGUACCUUUUGUUCCAGGAUUUAGCGUAUAUCCGGCAUCAAAGCGUGCUAUCACCGGCCUGGCUAUGACUUUGCGACACGAGCUUGCGGGCACGCACAUACGUGUCACAAACAUUAGUCCUGGUUUGGUUGCAACGGAAUUCAUGGCUUCUUAUAGCAUGUUCUCCCCGGAAGUAAUGGCAGCAAUGCCGGUUUUGAAUCCGGACGAUGUGGCAGCGGCGGUAAUUUAUGUGUUGUCUAAUCCUCCUCACGUGUUGGUAUGUUGCAUAUACGUCUUUAGACAAUAUUACGUUUCUAAACAUUGUCCUUUUUUGUCAUAUAAAACAGCAAUCUUCUCUCGUUUCUUUCAAUUAAUCUUCAGUAUGAAUACUUUAACGAACAAGAUCGCCCUUGUCACCGGCGCCUGCUCCGGAAUUGGUAAAGCAGUCACCGAAGAAUUGGUAUCGAAGGGACUCAAAGUUAUCGGCCUCUCUAGCGAUAUAAACAAGCUGAAGCUUCUUGUGGAUGAGCUGAAGGACAAACCCGGCAAACUAUAUCCUCUUCAAUGCGACUUAAGUCUUCCGAAUGAGAUCGAAAGUACAUCGGAGUGGAUAGAGAAAAACCUGGGUAGUGUGGAUAUCUUAGUAAACAGCGCUAGUAUUAGCUUAGAUUGGUCCAGCAUCAACGGUGGUAUACAGGAACUUAAAAAAACUAUUGAUAUCAACUUACUUGGUUUAUCGCUUCUCACUAAGAAGAUUCUGCAAUUGAUGAAGAACAAAGAAAUCGACAACGGCUGGAUCAUCAAUGUCAACGAUGUAUGCGGAUUGAAAUUGUUGCCUCUUGCCUCCGACCGACCUCUUUCCCCGGCAUAUGCUGCAAGCAAGUCCGCGUUGACCGCACUGAGUGAAUGUCUUCGUUUAGAGUUAGCCCAAAACGAGUCCAACAUCAAAGUGACCAACAUCUGUCCAGGCUUGGUGGAGACCGAACUCAACCAACAAUGGUUGAAGGAAAAUUCACGAUUGGCUUUAAAACCAAAAGACGUGGCGGACGCUAUUCUCUACUCAUUGCAGACUCCAGAGAACGUACUUAUCAAGGAUCUUAUUAUUACACCCCUUCGGGAGAUUAAUUGAGACUGGACGAAAUCGUUGUUUAUGACAAACAUUGUAGUAUUUAGAGCACGUGUGGCAAAUCAAAUAAAGCAUUAACAAUUUUCAAAUAUGAUGUUAAUUUUCAAACAUGAAUUCGUCAUAUUUAUCUUAAAAUUCUCAGGCUGAUUUUAUAAGUUUUUAUUUUUUAUAUUUUUUAUAUUUUUUUAUUGGCAAUAUCAUGUAUAAAUAACAAAGUUUUAAUAAAUAACAUCAACACAG